AUGGCCACACCGAGCCUGGAUCCGAUUAAUACCAUGGACCAAGUGAUUCAACGAACUUUCAAUUUGUCCUCGGACCACGCAUAUUCAGACGUUUCCCUCGAGAUUUUGGACACCCACGACUCGAUCCUCUUCCUCUUCAACGUGACCGCAAACGCGACGGUGACCUUCCGUAACGUCCCCUGCUCCACGGCCACGAUCACGGAGGAUCGCCGAGGCAUCAGGGGGAUUGAGGAACUUGAUUCGAUCACAGGGAAACCUAAGGCGAUUUCGCUGUCGCUCAAGUCUCUGCAGCCCUUCCUCGGCGGGGAAAAUAUCAUUGUGGAGAUGACACUUAUCUUCACUCUGAAAGAAAGACCUGAAGAGCCGAUGGCCAGACUUUAUCUUGGGCGAAGAAGCGGACCAGAUUGGUAUGAAACAACUCAAGCAUCGCUCGUCCUCGACAUUAAGUUCCCAGCGUGGUACGGAGACAAAGGGUUCGAGAUGAAGAACUUGAGUGCAAUUAUUUGGUACGACAGCGAGGUAGCGGACCUCUGGUUCUGCAAAAUGGACAUUGCAGCUGGAAAA